GAAAAUUUGAAAAAUUAUAUGGACAAGUUAACAGAAAUACAGAAUGCCAGAGUGAGACUUGAAGCCGAUAUUGCUGAUAAGCUAGCUCAGAUACGGAAUCUAAUAAUCAAAGCUGAAGAUAGUCGAAUCAACGAUCUGAAGGAGCUCAUCAAGCAUUAUGAUGAAGUAAAUGCAAUUAAUUCAGAAAUGAUCAACGGACACAACAUAAAAUUACAAAACUAUGAAGAGGGAGUCGAAACUAUGAAAAAGAUCAAUGCCAUCAUACAAAAGGCAUCCAGAAUAAGAGUGGGGCAACAUUCUUCACAUGUCAUCAAUCACUGCAGGAAUUGUAUCAAAAACAACAGUCUAGAAGGUUUGAUAAAAGUGAUAAGAACUGGUGGCCUAUGAAUAUUUCAGUUGGAUUCACAGAAUUCAAAGAUUGAAUCACUAUUGAAGAUGAUUUGAUCGAUUAUGAAGCAUAAAAAGAAUCAAGAAGAAUACUCUGGAUAUUGUUUAUGAUUAUGUGAUGAUGAUGAUAAUAAUAAAG